CAAGAGUAACAUACGUCACUUCCGCCCGUUACCAGUCAAACAUGGCGUUGCUUCUAAGGACGCUGGCCCGUCAGGGUGUCUGUCUCUCCAGACCUCAGUACAAUGUCCUCUAUAGACAUGCUGCUCCAAUGGGAAGCACAGCUAAGGAUGAGAUGAACAAGUUUUGGGCCAAAAAUGCCAGGUUAAACCGACCCAUGUCUCCCCAUAUCACAGUCUACAAAUGGUCUGUCCCCAUGGCGAUGUCUAUCACACACAGAGGAACUGGAGUCGGGCUCAGUGGAGCCAUUUCCGCAUUUGCUGUGGCUGCGUUGGUGUUACCUGGAGGCUACCCCCACUAUCUGGACUUGAUCCACUCAUGGUCAAUUGGUCCUUUUCUCAUUGGUUUGGCAAAGUUUGGCAUUGCCUUCCCAGUAUCUUACCACACCUACAAUGGCAUCCGUCACUUGUGCUGGGAUAUGGGAAAAGGUUUCAGAAUUCCAGAGGUCUACCGCACUGGCUACACAGUUAUCGGUUUGUCCAUCAUCACCUCCAUAGCUCUGGCUUUGAUCUGAGCUCAGGACGAGAAGUGAGUCAAAGGGACUGUGUAAUGGAUGUAUUCUGGGAGAUUUAUGUUUAUGUUCUGUUAUGGUUGACAGCAAGCCCAAUCUUCAAAGUAUUAAAGAAUUAUACUAAACACUGAAA